GUGCCAUUUACCAUUUUCUGGGGAUAUAUCUCACUGGCUUUCUCAGCUCCCUUGCCGCAGCUAUUGCUUACAUCAUGUAUAUAAGGUUCUUCCAGAUACCUGCAUCAUUCCAACACUACUCAUUUGUUUGCAUAUGUGGUGCCUUCCACUGGAUCCCCUUUACCAUUGUUGCAUAUGCCACCAUGUUUUCUGAUGUACCAUCAAAUCCCAUUGCCUUUACCAUAUCAUUUACCUGCGCAUACUUGCUUCAUGGUCUCAUACUCACCUCUCUCACAUGUGCUUUGACCCGUUUGCUCAAAUUAAAUCAAAACCAAACCCAUUUUAAAACCUGGCUUCGACACCAAUUGACCAUUUCCUGCCACCUUAGAUUUGCAAAGCUUCUCUCAGGAACAGAAGUCUUCUGCAUAUAUUUACGCCUUUUGGGUGCAAAAAUUGGCAAGCACUGUUCCAUUAGAGCCAUCAACCCAGUUUCAAACCCUGAGUUAAUGUCAAUAGGUGAUGGUGUCCAUCUUGGUGACUUUAGCAGGAUCAUCACUGGUUUCCACUAUUCCAACGGAUAUGCUUGUGGAGAAAUACAGGUUCAGGAUAAUUCAGUUGUGGGGAGUCAAAGCAUAAUCCUCCCAGGUUCUGUUUUGGAAAAGAAUGUCAUUUUAGGUGCACUUUCAGUUGCUCCAAUGAAUUCCAUUCUCCAUGAGGGUAGCGUGUAUAUUGGAUCUCAAACAAGAGUUGCAACCAGGAACUCUUCAAUUGCUUUAGAUGAACGGAUAGAGGAGAUGGACAUGGAAUACAAGAAAGUAGUUGCAAAUAUGGCUGCAAAUUUAGCUGUCACAACUAUUAAUGUCAAAGCAAGAUACUUCCAUCGCAUUGGUGUUGGUGGAAAGGGGCACUUGAAAAUCUAUGACAAACUCGAGGGCAUUCCAAUGCACAAGAUUUUUCAACCUGGAAAGAGCUACCCUAUCAUGGUAAGACACAGUAAUAGCUUGAGUGCUGAUGAUGAUGCAAGGAUCGAUGCACGUGGUGCAGCUUUGAGGAUUCUUUCUGAUGCACCAGAUUCUAACCAUGCUCCCGUGAUUGACCUCACACUAAAAACUGGAAACGCAUUUUAUGCUCGCACUCUUGCUGAUUUUGCAAGCUGGCUUGUGUGUGGACUUGCUGCGAGGGAAGAACUUGUCAAGAAAGCCCCUCAUGUUCGUGAAGCAGUGUGGAAUUCCCUUAGACAUGCUCACUCAUAUGCUGAAUUGCAUUACUACUCAAACAUUUGCAGGCUCAUGCGCUUCACUGAUGGACAAGAAAUGUACGUGAAGUUUAAGCUAAGGCCUAUUGACAAAACCAUUAGUGAGGACACAGGUAAGGUUGAACCAAUUGGAAUCCUUCCACCAGAAACAGGUGCAAUUCCUAGGGAUGAAAAUGACGCACGUCCCUUACUUUUCCUUGCUGAAGAUUUUCAAAAGCGCGUGAAUUCCCCAAGUGGAGUUCACUAUAUCUUUCAAGUGCAACUUCGAGCAGUGCCACAUGAUGAAGCCACACGUGACAUUGCCCUAGACUGCACCAAACCAUGGGAUGAGAAUGAGUUCCCUUACAUUGAUGUUGGAGAGAUACACAUCAAAGAGAAUCUCUCCAUGGAAGAAACAAAUGCGCUUGAAUUCAACCCUUACCUCAAAAGCCACGAGUUGGAUGUGAUCCCUGCCACUUCCAAAACGCAAAGUGCUUCAAUUGAUCAUGGCCGUUCAUUGAUCUACGAGAUUUGCCAGCACGUGCGUAAUAGACAGCCUCUCCCAGAAUCUUGGAGGAACCUCGUAGAGCAAUCCAUCGUUAAGGUGGACUUGUCAUGUUGUCCCGUGGCAGCAUCAUUGCCCAAAAAGGAGCCAAAAAAAGUGAUAACAACGACAACAACCACCUUAACCUUGACAAGAACAUGGUACCAAACCUUCUCAGCACUCUUCACUCAACCGUUGCUACAAACGGUUUUGCCUUUCAUGGUGUUAGGUUUAGCCGUUUUUGCUCCUUUGAGCUUUGUUGUCAACCUCAAGAACGUGGAGAAACUCCAAGUGCAAUGGUUGCUUCCUUUGUUUUGGAUUCUCUCAGGUGUCAUGGCUGCACUUGCAUGCGUUGUGGCAAAAUGGGUUCUCGUGGGAAGGAAGAGAGAAGGUGAAACCAUACCCUUGUGGGGCAAAAGGGUCGUCAUGGAUAGCACGUGGCAAGCCAUUAGAACCCUUGUUGGGGACUAUUUCAUGGACAUGGCAUGUGGGUCGUUUGUGUUUGUAAUGUGGAUGAAGAUGAUGGGUGCGGACAUAGACAUGGAUGGAGUUUACGUGGACAGCGUGGGGGCAUUGUUGAACCCUGAAAUGGUGCAGAUUGAGAGAGGGGGUUGUGUGGGAAGAGAGGCUUUGUUGUUUGGACACAUAUAUGAAGGUGAUGAAGGUGGCAUGGUGAAGUUUGGAGGAAUCAGAAUAGGUGAAGAUGGGUUUGUGGGAAGUAGAGCAGUAGCCAUGCCUGGGGUUCAUGUGGAGAAUGAGGCCAAUCUUUCUGCAUUGUCACUAGCCAUGAAAGGAGAAAUAGUUAGGUCUAGAUAAUUACGAGUGAUCGGAUACAACUUACAAGUAUUUUUUUUUUAUCAAAACUGCUAUUUUAAAAAAUACUUGUAAGCUUAUAUCCACACGAACUAUGAGUAUAUAAGUAUAUAUACAAUCAUAAUAUGUAUGUUAUCCUAUCAUUAUACUCGGUAGAUUGAGGUAAUAAUUAUAAUGA